AUGGUGUUGGGUUCUGUCUCACCUGUGCUCAGGUACCACACCCCCCGGGGGCGCUUCCUGCACGUCCCGCCUGCAGGCCCGUGCUCCGACUGGGACAGUGACAUCGGUGUUCCCUGGUGGGCGGACCGGCGCUACGAGGUGGGUCUGCUGUCCGCCAAGACCAGGUGGAUCCGUGUGGUCAACACGCUGACGCUGCAGGAGCAGCCGCUGCAGGUUUGCUCUGAGGAGACUCUGGAUGAGAUCCUGCAGCGGUACCUGCGCUACAACUGCCACGCUCGCAGCUACACCUGGAAACACGGCGGCGUGGUCCUGGACAUGAGCCGGACGCUGAGCGACAACGACAUCCCGGACCAGGACGGAGAGCUAGAGCAGCUCAGACUGGACCCAGACCACUACACUCCCGCCAUCCUGCUCUACUUCAACGAUGACCUGACGGAGCAGUGA